AUGAGUACUGUUCAAAAGGAUAGAAAGCAACUUCUUGAGUCUGCGGUAUCGUUUUUGAGUGACCCCAGCAUAAAGAAUGCUCCUUUGACGAAGAAGGUAGAGUUUCUACAAACAAAAGGUCUCUCGCAAGAGGAGGUGGAGGCAGCCUUGCGACAAUCGCAGGACCAAUCUAAACCGGAAAAUUUAGCAGAUAAUACCCAGUGGAGUGCGGUUCCAACGAGGAAUGAUUAUGUUUACGAGGCUGUACCACCGCCAUUACCGCGCCGCGAUUGGAAGGAUUACUUCAUAAUGGCAUCCGUCUCAGCAGGUCUAAUUUACGGUGUAUAUGAAUUUACGAAAAGGUAUGUGGUACCAAAUAUCUUGCCAGAAUCUAAAAGCAAGUUGGAGCAAGAUAAAAAAGAGAUUCAGGACCAGUUUUCCCGUGUGGAUAAAGUGCUGGACGCCAUUGAGCAAGAGCAAGAAGCAUUCAGAGUUAGAGAUCAGGAGAAACUUGCUGAAUUGGAUGUUACUCUUGGGCAGUUGAAGAAGUGUCUUGAGUAUACAACAAGGACAAGGGAAAAAAUGGAGGAUGACUUUAGAAUGCUUAAACUGGAAAUGACAAACUUGCAAAACUCUAUCGAUAAGUUUAUUAUAAAGAAGGAUAAUAGUGCAGCAUUAGAAAAAAUCAACAGUGAGUUGAACUCCCUCAAAAGUCUCAUCAAAAACUCUGGAUUUGCAGAAGGCUCCCAUGGAAGUAGUGCUGAAAGCUUGGGAAGAAAUAAAUCGCCCAUACCUAACAAUGCUGUCCCAAGCGCUGAUUCUAUACCUUCAGCUGCGGAUAUCUUAGCAAAGCUCAACAUGAAUAAGAAGGAUAAGAGUAUUGAUUCCAAUGAACCUGCGUGGAAGAAGGCAAGAGAAGAAUCUUUGGGGUCAAGUACCUAUUCUAUUCCAGAAUGGCAGAAGAGUCCCUUGAAUCAGGUUACAGUGCCCAAUUGGCAACACACCUUAGAGCAAGCUGAAGAAGAGCAGGAAAAAGCAACAGAAACUCAACAAUCGGACUGA